ACCCAGGUGACUAACAAUCUAAAAUAAAAUUCGACGUUGAUAUUUAGCUUAUAAAAUCAAUUCUUUUCAUUCUACCAAAACUUAACAUACAUAGUCGUUAUCAAGAGUAACGUAUCCACGUCUUGGAUAUGGCAAUGUGGACUUUGGUUGGAUUCUAUGACUGUUAAAAGCAAUAAGUUAGAUGAUCAUUAGCAGACAGUAGCAGAUACAAUGUUGGAUUAACUGUAUCUCAAUUUACACCUUUUACCACCACAAACUUUAGAUUAUAAGACAUUUGACAACUAAAAUGGCGGUUGCAACGGCUGACACAAAGAUCCGUAAUUUGGAAAGUUCUAUCCUGUUCAUGCAGUCUGAUCAUGCAAUAACAUUAAAGGGUCUGCACGCAGAGAUACAAAAGCUUCAGAAGAAAUGCUCUGAGUACACAUUCCAGAUUGCAAUGCAAACAACUUCCUCAACUGAGUUUAAUGAAGACCACUACAUCAGACGUGUAAAAUCAUUGGAGGAAUCUCUUGUACAAAGGGAUACCAACAAAGCUGACCUUGAAAAACAAAUUGAGAAAAAGGAUAGAAAAAUUGCCAUGUUAGAACAGCAACUUAAAGCACAGGAGAAGAGACUGUGUGAUAAGCUCAAAGAGAAAGAUAUAACUGUUCAGAAACUCAACAGAGAACUUGAGAUGAAGACAGAUAAUAUUGUAGCAAUAACUCACCAGUUACAUCAGAUGAAGGUUGUCCAAAUGAGAUAUAACGAGUCACAUAGCAAAGACCAACAAGAACGAUUCUCACAUAGUCCUGCACCGCCUAAAGAUGGCGCUCCAUCAAGACGGAGAAGUAGUCUCCGGAAAAGUUCAACCACUCCUGCAGGGUUAGAUAUUCAGGAUAUCUCUGCAGGGAGGGUGUCUUCUGGGCGUAAGUUACCAGUCCCUCCAGAUCCGUCACCAUUUCUACAUCAUCCAAAACCUGAAGUGAAAGUUGAGCUCCGUCCCUCACCCCAAGUCUUGCCCCCAAUCAGGAAUAUAGAGGAGGAAUAUUUGACCCCCAGGCAGGCGUACAGUCAAACAUUUGUGCGUCACAAGUCAAACACACAGCAAAAGAAUAUCUCCCCCAUAAAUGGACUAUCUUCCAGUGACUCCCAGGAAGUUGAAACAUUAGCUGUAGAUCAGACUUCAAAACAUAAAUGGAGGGAAGAAAACUCUCAAAGUUUUGACUAUAAUUAAUUGCAGUAAAUAGUUUGAUUCAUUCUUAGCAGAAUUAUAACUUAAAAGUGGGCAGUAAGUUGACUAUGUCAACAAUGAUAACCGUAAUAUGUCAAUUCCUCAGAUUAAAGUCUAAACGGUGUCCAAAUAACAUGAUAGAUUUACUAAAUAUGACAGGAGAUUUCUAUAUAAAAGGUCGCACAUGUAUAUUGCUGAUUUUUUAAUAUGCCAUUUUAACAAAAUUAUUCUUUGAAGUCAGAACUGAGUACCAUUAAUUAAUUACUGAAUAAGUGAAAUUGUGCUUUUGAGAAAAUAAUUUUAAAUGGGCAAAUUUAAGAAGAAAAAAGAUCAAAAUAUUGUUGAAAUAUGGUACUCACACAUUCCAUUAAGUUCAGUGCUUCUUUUGUGUUAAUAUUAAACAACAGACAGAAAGCACUAUUUUCAUUGCUGUGUUUUUAGUACUUACUUUCAAAUGAAAAGGUGGCAUAUUUAGUCAACACGUUGACCAAAACUAAAUUAAUCACAUGAUCUGAAUAUUUUUGCCAACUGGUGUAACAAAUUUUGAACAAUGAUUUAAAAUGAGGAUUAUUUACUUAAAUUUAUGAUUGACCAUUUUUAUUAGGGACCAUUUUUGCACUGGAACAAUGUUCAGCUUUAUUGGCGACGAUGAAAUAUCCAUGCACAAAACUUAUCUUCCGCCAUUCUUUAUAUUCACAACAUCUAGUUAUUUUCGACAAAACAACCCGUGGACUGGAAUAAAGACACAGAGGCGACUGAUACAAUUCCGAAGAAUGCUAAUGCUCUCAGCCACCAGAGAGUGUAGUUACGCCAAUCAACAACACAACGUCUCCCCAGUCUCCUAG